AAAAAAGUGGAGACUCGAAUCGUUUGGUUCUGUUCUAGAUUCUUGAAUAUCAAGCUUUCCGAACUGGUAGAGAAAGUUCUAGAAUAUCAAAUUUUACCCGAGAAUGAGCAUUGUUCUUUUGACGUUGUAUUGUGGUUUUGUUGUAUGGUUACCGCGCUUGUCAGGUGUACAGAACUCGGAAGUUUCCAUACUUUUCCUAGCGCUAUCGCAAUGUCCGAGCUGACUUGGACGGCCCUUCGCGGGCACUCGGAGUGGAUAGAGAAUUGCUGCUUCUCUCCAGACGGUCGGCUGCUGGCGACGUCUUCGGGCGACGAGACGGUCCGACUGUGGGACCUGACGAAGCCAGGCUACCCGGCAGUCGCCGUGCUCUCCCACCCGGACUCCUACGCCGUGUGGAGCUGUGACUUCAGCAGAGACGGUGGUCUGUUGUGCACCUGUACCGACACGGGCGGGGUCCACGUCUGGAAGAUGCCGAAAAGAGAUAGAGAAGGGAACCUGAAGACGUCAGAAGGUCACCUUGUGAGGAGCUUCUGUAGCAAAGACGCACACGGAUUCCCCACGUCCCUGUACAGGUGUAGGUUCUCGCCUUGCUUUAACUACCUAGCAGCGUGUGGUGUGGAUAGAACCAUCAAGAUCUGGUGUUGGCGAGAAUAUGACGUGUUCCAAGCAACAUUGGUGGGCCAUAAGAACUCAGUGGAGGACCUCGCCUUCGCGCCUGACCCGGACUCUCAUCUCCCAAACUUCCAGAUCGCGUCUUGUUCUCGUGACAGGACCACACGACUCUGGACGGGUCGAGUUGGUGGCAACGACCUUCAGUGCAAGAUUCUUCAAGGCCAAGGUGGUCCCAAAUGGGCGCUCGCCGUCAGCUUCUCUCCGGACGGCAGUCUCCUAGCAACCUGCUGCUCUGACGGGACCGUGCAGAUCUGGUGCACCCGGACGCUAACGGAGCCUCGCGUUCUCACCGGACACACUUCCACCGUCUGGUCGGGCAGCUUCCUCCACACCGCCGCCGACAGGCUCGUCCUCGCCACCUGCUCCAGCGACAAGACCGUGCGGCUGUGGGACCCCGUCUCGGGCAAACAGCUCCUUCAGGCCGAGAGGGUGAUGAGCGGUGCCGCCGACCCUAACCUCGAGGAACUGUUCUGUUGUAGGCUGUCCCCAGACGGCAGGCUAUUGGCCUGCUGUGCAAACGACAAUAACGUCUAUCUUGCGAGCAUAGACGGAAAGUUUUAGAGUCUCGUAAGAAGAGCGUUUCAUGUAGUGUAGUUUUCAAUUUCCAGAAUAUGAAUUAAAGUUCUUUCAGUCGAGUGA